AUGUCUAAAGUUAUCGUUAUUGAUUGCCAUGGACAUGUUCUUGGUCGUGUAGCUUCAGUUGUUGCAAAGAAUCUUCUUCUUGGAAAAAAAUUUGUUCUUGUUAGAUGUGAAGAUCUCCAAGUAUGUGGAACACUCAAAAUGAGAUUAGUUCAAUGGGAACUUUAUCAAAGAAAAAGAGUUAAUACUAACCCAACUCGUGGUGCUUUCCAUCAUCGUUCACCAGCAGAUAUGGUUCGUAAAGCUAUUAGAGGAAUGCUUCCAAAGAAUAAUUAUAGAGGAAAGCUUGCACUUAAGAAUUUGAAAUGUUUUGAAGGAUGUCCAGCACCAUAUGACAAAAUGAAGAAAUCAUCAAUUCCAGCUGCAGCAGCAAUUUAUUCAUUCAACCCAACAAGAAAGAGAACUCUUCUUGGAGAACUUGGAACUGCAGUAGGAUGGAAAUAUGCUGAUGUUGUUGCUAAAAAUGAAACCGAAAGAAAAGAAAAAGCUGCUAAAUGGUAUGCUGCUAAACAAAUGAAACAAAAGGCUAUUGCAGAAGCUAAAGAAAAGAUUCUUGCAGAUGAAAAGUAUAAGGCUAAAGUAGCUAUCCUUAAGAAAUUUGGUUAUGCUUAA